ACAGAGAUGAAGAUUUAAAAAAAACAUGUUACUCCAAAUAACAUAACAACAAACGAGGAUCCAACCUGAUCAAAAGAAGGGAAAAAAAACCGAAAUCGAAAUCGCUUCAUCCUUUGGGAAAAUCUUGCUACGCUCGUAUUCUAUUUAUUGAUUCUUUCAACAGCCUCAACAGCGCUGAAUGUUUGGGUUAUGCAGCAAUGUUGAAAUGUUUUGACAACAGCACGAGGGACGAGGAGUCAGUGAUAACAGCUCCGCAGAACUAUUGAAAGAGGCUGAAUUCUCGUAAUUCAAUCCUUCUUGUACAUAAAACAGGAUUACCCCAAGACCAAAACACAGCAUGAGAAGAAUACAAACGGACAGAUAAACCACAUCAGGCAUGAACACCAUCAACCACGUGCUCAUAAGCGCCUCCAACGGCAGAAUUAAUUAAUCUCCAUUUGCGAGCAAUUCGUCAUCUUUUGCACACCGGCUCAUAUGCAGUCUCUGUGAGUGUGAAAUCCGAAUCUAUAAUUAGCACACGUACAUGAAAAGCCGAGGCGGUGGAUCGCUCGCCAGAGAUCGCUCGCAAUUAAACAAAAAAGAGUAACCAUAAAACAGUACAUUAUUAAAAAAUAAACAAGAUCACCACGCCGCGCCGAUACAAUCGCAGCGAAGUGGAUGUGUGUAAAUAUUUCGACGUUAUCAGCUGUUCUCAGUUAGCAUACAGCAACCGUCAGUACCACAAGUUUUGCGGAAUUAAAAACGCUUGGUGCAACAGGAAAGCGAGACCUUCGGAAUAAUUAGUCGCAAUAACAGGCAGUUGGACAAGUUUUAAUAAUGGGAAAGAAAACUAUAUUCUGGUCUGUUUUGUUGCUGCUUGUCCCUGUGACGCUAUCGAGUGGAUCAGCCAAAAACCACAAGUGCAUUCCGACUGGUUAUACGAACAUUUGCAUCCUAGAAUAUGUUUACUACAACCGAAGCGUCACAACGCAACACAUCUUCCCCCAGGGCUACCAGCAUAUACGCAUCGGGAACAGCGCCUGGAGAAAUGGAAUCGAAUCUGUCAUUCCGUCAUUUGAUGCCAAAAUAUUCGCAGAGAUGGGAAGACCUCAAGCGAUAGAAUUGAUGAAUGUGUUGAUGACGGAUCUGGAAAUUCCCCGCAAACUUAGUUUCGGUAAUUUCGGUGACAACAAUCUGAAAUAUUUCACUGUAGAGCAUGACGAUUCUACGGAACCAAUGUUGACGUAUCUUGAUUUGUCUCGGAAUUCACUCACUAAGCUGACGAAUAUUACUACACUUGUGGAGUUGGAAGCACUUUAUCUCUACAACAAUCGUCUUGAUUCGCUCGAACCGGAUAUGCUACGAAAGCUUACAAAACUUAAAAUCUUGGAUCUCAACUACAAUAACAUUGUUCAACUAUGCGGAGAUUGUCUCCCCCAAAGUUUAACACACUUGAGGCUGUAUUAUAACGAUUUGAAAAAGCUGAAUUAUAGCGGUCUUUCGUUGCCAUCGCUGGAGAUACUGAACAUUGAACAAAACAAGCUUACAUCCUUCGACGCAUCCGCUCUGGUACUAGCGAUGCCGAAGCUGACAUACAUCAGCCUCAGUGGAAAUGAUUUCGGCAAGGAGGUGCUGCUGAAAGCGUUGGAGAUUUUCGACCGCCACAAUAUCAGCCACAUAGCGGAGGGCGAUGAAGUUUCCUGCUUCUACGGAGAUGAACUCGUCGAAGGAGUAUGUGUGAACAGGCAUGUGAUGAGCGGUAGCGGCUGGGUGCGAGGUACUCUCCUCACCAUCCUAACCCUGCUGAUCGGAUUCAUAUUUUUGCUGGUCGUUCGAUGGGUGUUUAUUGCGAUGAACAAAUGAGAGUGACUUGGCGGACAGGAGAACUAAUUCUACAGAGAUUAAUACGAAGAGAUCUUAUCAAUAGAUUGCAACAUAGCGAAUCUAGUUUUCGCUGUGUUCACAAACGAUGACAAUUAGUAUAAUAAGAUCAUUAUGCAAAAGUAGGUUUUGAAGUUUAUACUGCAGUGAUGCUGGUUUAGGUUUAUGUAUAUAUUAGUAAGCAAAGCAGAAGUUAUUUUAUUACUAAGCCUCCCGAAAGCACGACGUUAGUAUCAAGUUGAGCUUGAAAAUUUCUUCAUUUUUGCAAUAGCUCGACUUUCUAUCGCCUUCGAGAUGAUGGCGACGUUUCUCGUACAAGACAUCGGUCGAAAUUGGUGUAAAUUGGAAUUGUCAAUGUUAGUAAGUAACUAACCGAGAGAAGACGAGAAAGUUUCAGGUUUCAUUAUCAAUCCCGAAAGUUAAGAAAGUUAAGAUAUGAUCAUGAACAAUAAUCGCAGUUUUAAGCUUUAUAUGUACCAAAACGAGGCAUGUGUACUGUUCGCCUCAAGGUUCUGGUGGCGAUCACUGGUGACCAAGGAAGCGAGUUUUAUGUACAUGUAGAAUCUGAUAGGAAGGACAUCUCAUCAUAGAUUAGUGAAUGAAGUAGUUAAUAGAAACGAAAUAUAACAAUCAAGACGAUUAUGGAUUAA